GAAAUAAGAACUGUGCGACAAGUCACUGAUAAAGAUGCUGUCAAACAAAAACUCACUGUUGUUGUGGAGGAUAACGGACAGCCCUCUCGCUCAGCUGUGGUCUCCAUUAACGUGGCUGUGGCUGACAGCUUUCCUGAAGUGCUUUCAGAGUUCACAGAUUUUACGCAUGAGAAACAAUAUAACGACAGCUUAACUUUUUAUUUAGUUCUGGCUCUGGCCGCUGUUUCCUUCCUAUUAAUCACUUGUGUGGUUGUGAUAAUAUCAGUUAAAAUCUACAGAUGGAGACAAUCUCGCUUCCUCUAUCAGUCCAAUCUGCCUGUUAUUCCGUACUAUCCACCGCAUUACGCAGACACAGGAGUCACUGGAACUCUGCCGCACGGCUAUAAUUAUGAAGUGUGCAUGACGACUGACUCGAGGAAAAGUGACUGUAAGUUUUCUACACUCGGGGGUCAGAGUGUUUUAGUGGUGGACCCCAGUUUUACUGAGACGAUGCAGCACACGAUCAAGAAACAAAAGCCACCUAAUACUGACUGGCGAUUUCCCCCAAACCAGAGGCCUGGACCCAGCGGGGCUGGAGCACGUCCUGAAGAGGCAGGUGCCGGUGCUGGUGUGAUAGCAGGAACAGGACCAUGGCCCAACCCCCCUACUGAGGCUGAACAGCUCCAGGCUAUGAUGGCAGCAGCAAACGCAAGUGAAGCCACUGCGACUCUUGGCCCUCGCUACAAUCUACAGUAUGGCCCGGAUUACCGUCAGAACGUCUACAUCCCAGGCAGCACUGCCACCCUUACAGCCAACCCUCAGCAACAGGUUCUCCAGCAGGCCCUUCCUCCACCACAGGCCCUUCCACCUACCGAAGUCCCCAAAGCGGCUCAAACACCAGCCAGUAAGAAGAAACCCACAAAGAAAGACAAGAAGUAAGACCUGUGGAAGAGCUGAAGAAACAUGUUGCCGGGAAUCUAAACAUCUAUCCUCUCAAACCAUGUUGGGUUUGGAUGAAGAUUUAAAAAGAAAAAAGUGAAUAGUAUUACUUGUUUUAGCGUUAACAUGAGACAAUAAGCAACCAAACAAGAGGAAAUGUGUUCAGAUUCCCGAAGCCCUUUCUCUGACAGAUAUCUCUGUCUUGUAAAUAGCAUACUAAAACAAGAAGAAACACAUUUCUUCUUUUUAUUUUUUCCCUCAAAUGUCACGUUUUAGGCUUUUUGUGUUCUUUUCAAAGCAAAGUAGAUGCUUAUUGUGGAUACAAAAUGAAACGCUGUUAGGCUUUUUAACAUGAUGUGCCACAACUCUCACCUUAACUGAAGAAAGGAGUAUUUAGCUGAACUAUGCAUUGCAAAGGAGAUACAAAAGGUGAACGUAUAUAUAAAGUGUUUUCCAGGUGAGAUAAUACAUGUAUAUUUGCGUAAAAAAAUCUGACGGUGAGACACUGGAUUGUCGGCAUGGUGUUUAAAAAUAGAUUCAGUCUUCUCAUUAACUUCUUAAUAGCCAGUUAAGCAGAGCUGAAUGUUAGGUUAAUGACGUUUGACUAUUCUUUGUUAUUAUUUCCUGUUGGCGUGCUAAAGAAUCCUCUGGAAAUGAAGUAAUGUAAACAGUGUUUUUUUGAUGCUGAGAAAAGAUAAUCACAGCCUUUGUAAGGUCAAUGAUUUGGGUCAAAGGAAGAAGAUCUAAAGAAGGAAACAGCAGAAAUGUGCUUGAAUGGAUCUUAGAUGGAAGGAUUUCAUGUCUGUUCAUCUGCACCUACCACCACUAUCGUGUAUAUAAAAUGUGUAACCUGUCUGUACAAACAUUAGAGCCACAAGGGCUGGCUGUUACAGGAAUGUUUCAGUAUUUUUUACAAAAAAAAAAACAACAAAAAAAGACACAAGAAAAAAAAAAGAUCCAGUGUAGUGUUUUAGGAAUAAAAGCUUCAAGUCCAUUGACUAACCAAACUGUACAUACUACGAAACUUCUGAUGACACGCAAUCGUAGCUUAAGGCUUGUGGAGUAUGUGCAUAUUUUUGUGUUUUCCCCCUCUUGAUUACACUUUACUUUCCUCUUCUCCAAUCACCUAAACCUUUGAAAGAUAACAGACAAUACUUAUACUGUCUUUGCUAUAGAGUAACACCCUUUCCCAUCUUACUGUACUUUUCUGUGCUUGUAAUUCCAAUCAGUCCUUAAUGAUACUGGAAUGCCACUCCUGUCUGUUUGACUUUGAAUAUCUAUCUAUCUAUCUAUAUAUAUAAAUGUCUGUCUGCUGCUUGGCUACUUUUUCUGUAUUUGACUGUGAUUCCUUUAAAGAAACGCUUAGCACCUCAUGUUACUCUUUUUAUUUUAUAAUCUACUAUUUAUAUCGCUGUUUGAUUUAUGUUUUACUUUAUUAUUGGAACACUUACAUUUGAAAUAAAAUUUUGUCAGAACUC